GGCGGSCGGCGCGGUGCGGGGCGGUGCGGGGCGGUCGGCGCGGAGCGSUGCCGGCAGUCGCGCCAUGCACUCCCUCACCCAGGAGAUCCGCAGCUUCUCCAGRGCCAACCUGCGGAAGCAGCGCACCCGCGUGACGACGCUGACCGGCCGCAGGAUCAUCGAGACGUGGCGCGGCGCCUGCCUGCACAUGGAGGAGGAGGAGGAGGCGGCGCCCGGCGGCGGUUUCGUGCAGGAUCUCAGCGCCGAUCUGCAGGUCGGCGUGGUGAAGCCCUGGCUGCUGCUGGGGUCGCAGGAUGCUGCUCACGACCUGGAGACGAUGAGAAAGCAUAAGGUCACUCAUGUUCUAAAUGUGGCAUAUGGAGUCCAAAAUGCCUUCCUUGAUGACUUUAUAUACAAGACUAUUUCCAUUCUGGACCUCCCAGAAACUGAUAUUACUUCCUAUUUCCCUGAAUGUUUUGAGUUUAUUGAGAAAGCCAGGAACCAGGAUGGCGUGGUAUUGGUUCACUGUAAUGCAGGAGUCUCCCGUGCAGCRGCUGUAGUCAUUGGUUUUCUAAUGAAUUCAGAAAGACUGAGCUUUGCCAGAGCCUUUUCCUUGGUGAAAAAUGCAAGGCCUGCAGCUUGUCCAAAUCCUGGCUUCAUGGAGCAGCUUCACAAGUACCAAGAACAGAUUAUAAAGACAAAUGGAAGCAUAAACAAUCAUGACUGAUCAAAAGGGAGAAAUGAAAUAAUCUCUUUUSACUAUACAGGAGCAGAUGUUGGAUGUACUUUAAUCUGUCAUUUUGAAAUCCCCUUUCACAUGCCCAUUUUCAAGUCUYGACAUAUUUUUUCUUACCCUCCUUUGACCUUUUUUCCAGCAUGUCAUCAAAAGGCCAAAUGGUGUCGCACUGACUUCAGAGAAGUUUUGCCUAAAACCAAAGCGCUAAUAAAAAGAUAAAGCUCAGUUUUCCUUGAAAUAUUAGUAAACAAUAGAAUGAUGGUUUCCUUACUGAACCAUCAGAAAAUGUAAGCAAUAGAAAGGAAAUAACUGACAUAAGUUGCUUUCUUUACAAAUCUGCAUUCCUGGUUGGUUGUAAAAACUAGAUAAUAAAAUGUUCAUAUAAUGAAAUACCUUGAUAUUGGAUUUUAAAAUUGUACUGUAGCUGUAGAUGAUAUUAUUGAAUUUUGUGGGCUAGCCAGCCAUUAGUUCUUUAUUGAAAUUAAAAUUAUGGUCUUUUGAGGAUGCUCAAAAUGCACAGGAUACUUUAAUGCUUUGUGCAUUUCUACUGUUUCUCAUCAAGWAGUGAUUUUGAAGUGCACUAACAUCAUGAUUCCAGUACUGGAACUAGCAACUUGGGGUUUUUUUUGUAAAUCAUUUUAGAGAGAAUGAUCUGUCUCUGCUCAUGCGCCUGCAUUUUCUUCACAUUUGGCCCUCAUGUGUUGUCGCCUCACACCAUUGCACAUCAUAUGUUAAGAACAGCCAUCAGAGGAUAUGUAAUUUUGACUGUCCUGAGAAAUUCCAGGCUGAAAUUACUGUAUUAAUAUGGCAUGCUAUUUUUAAAAAAAUCUGUACAAGAUUUUAACGUAAUUGUGGCCUUCAUGCCAGCUCUUAAUGGUUUGAUAUAUUAAUAUGCAACAAAAUAAAAUUAACACUGUUUGGA